AUUGGUGGAGAUUUGGACAGAACAUAACUUAAAGAUUAGACACGUCAUCCAACGUGGCAAUUGCCUUCCCCAGGGAAAAAAAUCACCCACACAAAGGGAAAAAAAUCGCCAUCUCUUAUGUGAUCUUAGCUGAUCAUCCUCGAUUCAUCCAUGGCUGUCUCUGCACCAUCUCCAGUCGCUUACCUUGGCGGAACCCAACAUGCCAACUUUCUUUCCACUAAGCAGCCUCGAUUCAACCCCUUCUUUCCAGCCAAAAAACCAGUAACAAUCGUCUCCAUGGCUUCCAAAAAGAAGGUAAACAAGUUCGAUCCCAACUGGGAAAAGCAAUGGUUUGGACCAGGGAUCUUCUACGAAGGAAGUGAAGAAGUAGAAGUGGACGUGUUCAAGAAACUUGAGGAGAAGAAGGUUCUAAGCAACGUAGAAAAGGCGGGUCUGUUGUCAAAGGCAGAGGAGCUUGGCUUCACCCUUUCAUCGAUAGAGAAACUUGGUGUUUUUUCCAAAGCUGAGGAGUUAGGAUUGCUCAGCUUGUUGGAGAAGACGGCCAGCGUUUCUCCUUCCACGCUGGCUUCGGCGGCACUGCCAACGUUAGUGGCGGCUGUAGCGGCAAUAGUAAUUAUACCCGAUGACUCGGUGGGGCUGGUGGCGGUGCAAGUGGUGUUGGCUGGGGCACUUGCUGUCGGUGCUGCUGGCUUGUUUGUGGGGUCUGUUGUAUUGGGUGGUCUACAAGAAGCUGAUUAAUGUCCACUUUUUUUUUCUUUUGUAUUUUUAUAUGUGUAUUUUUUUUCUUUCAUUGCUGUUACUACUAAUUUUUGAGGUAGGUUUUAAGUUUUGGUGAAUGUGAUAAGUUUUUUCUAGCAAUUUUUUGAUGAUAGCUGAUGGAUGAUGCCGGUGGAAACCAAAGAGAAAUAUCAGCAAAAAGUCUUAUAUCCAAUUGGAAUAAAAAAUUUUUUUUAUACAAUCAUAAUUCCUAAUCAUCAUAAAUGAAAGAGUAGGAAAUCCCAAUUGAACAAAUAAAAGAGUAGGAAACAGCUGACCCUUGAAAACCAAAACCAGCAAAAUUGCCGGAACAGUAGGCUCGAUGAGUGCUGUUUGUUCUCAUACGAGGCAAACUCCCUGAAACCCAAAAGAGUUUGCCGAUUGGAAUUUCCUGCUGUUACUUGUUUCGUCAUUUUCAAUGCUCCUUCCAUGUUGCUUACACGCUUAUUUUCUAUGUUCCUAGGUAAACUCAGCAGUUGUUCAU